GCGCAGGCACCGGGCGGCUGGCCCGGGCACCGCCACCUGGCUGCCGGCGCGUUUUUCCCCCGCGGGGGGCUGCGAGACCUGGUCGCCGCGACAGACUCCGAGCAGGGAAAGUGGGGGUGCGACCCCAGGCUCACGCGGCCCCGCCCCCGCAGCCAGCCGGCCUGCCGCAGCCGGGGGCCCGAGCUCCGCCCUCCACCCGCCCGCCGGGCUGCCUCCUCCCUCCUCCUCCUCCUCCUCGCUCGCUCCCUCCCCCGGGCGGGCUCGGCGCUGACUCCGCCGCACGCUGCAGCCGCGGCUGGAAGAUGGCGGGGAACGACUGCAGCGCGCUGCUGGAUGAAGAGCUCUCGUCCUUCUUCCUCAACUAUCUCUCUGACACGCAGGAUGGGGAAUCCGGGGAGGAACAGCUGUGUGCUGACUUUCCAGAGCUCGACCUCUCCCAGCUGGACACCAGUGACUUUGACUCAGCCGCGUGCUUUGGGGAGCUGCAGUGGUGCCCCGAGACCUCAGAGACAGAGCCCAGCCAGUACAGCCCUGAUGACGCCGAGCUCUUCCAGAUUGACAGUGAAAAUGAAGCUCUCUUGGCUGCGCUCACCAAGACCCUGGAUGACAUCCCCGAAGACGAUGUGGGGCUGGCUGCCUUCCCGGGACUGGAUGAGGGAGACACACCAUCUUGUGUCUCAGCUUCACCUGCCCCUUUAUCGGAGCCCCCCAGCCCCACCCUGGAGAGGCUUCUAUCCCCAGUGUCUGAAGUGGAUGAUGAGCUUUCACUGCUGCAGAAGCUCCUCCUGGCCACAUCCUCCCCAACAGCAAGCUCUGACGCUCUGAAGGAGGGGGCCACCUGGUCCCAGGCCAGCCUCAGGUCCAGAAGUCAGCGGCCUUGUGUCAAGGUGGAUGGCACCCAGGACAAGAAGACCCCCCCCAUGCUGCGGUCUCAGAGUCGGCCUUGUGCAGAACUGCAUAAGCACCUCACCUCGGUGCUGCCCUGCCCCCAAGUGAAAGCCUGCUCCCCAACCCCACACCCAAGUCCUCAGCUCCUCUCCAAGGAGGAUGAGGAGGUGGAGGAGGAUUGCCCGAGCCCCUGGCCAGCUCCAGCCUCUCCCCAAGACUCCCUAGCACAGGACAGGGCCGACCCCAGCUGUGCUCAGGCUCCCCAGGAGGAUGUGAGAUCCAUGGUACAGCUCAUUCGCUACAUGCACACCUACUGUCUGCCCCAGAGAAAGCUGCCCCAACGGGCCCCAGAGCUGGUUCCCCAACCCUGCAGCAGCCCCUCCAGGCAGAUCCCACCCCGGUCCCGGCAUCCUCCCAAAGCCUUCUGGACUGAAUUCUCCAUCCUAAGGGAACUUCUGGCUCAAGACGUCCUGUGCGAUGUCAGCAAGCCCUACCGCCUGGCCACACCUGUCUAUGCUUCCCUCACACCCCAGUCCAGGCCCAGGCCCCCCAAAGACAGUCAGACCUCCCCUGCCCACUCUGCCGUGGCAGAAGAGGUGACAAUCACUGCUUCCCCCAAGAGCACUGGGCCUAGACCCAGCCUGCGCCCUCUGAGGCUGGAGGUGAAGCGGAAUGUCAGUCAGCCUGCCAGGCAAAAGCAAGAGGAAGAGGAGGAAGAAGAGGAAGAGGAGGAGGAGGAGGAGGAAGAGAAAGAGGAGGAGGAGGAGGAGUGGGGCAGGAAGAGACCAGGCCGUAGCCUGCCAUGGACCAAACUAGGGAGGAAGCUAGACAGCUCUGUGUGCCCGGUGCGGCGUUCCAGGAGACUGAAUCCAGAGCUGGGCCCCUGGCUGACAUUCACCGAUGAGCCCCUAGGUGCUCUGCCCUCCAUGUGCCUGGCUACAGAGACCCACAGCCUGGAAGAGGAACUGGGCAGCCUCACAGACAGUCGUCAAGACCAGCAGCUCCCCCAGGGAUCCCAGAUCCCAGCCCUGGAAAGCCCCUGUGAGAGUGGAUGUGGGGACACAGAUGAGGACCCUAGCUGCCCACGGCCCCCUUCCAGAGACUCCCCCAGGUGCCUCAUGCUGUCCUUGUCACAAAGCGACCCUCUUGGCAAGAAGACCUUUGAGGAGUCCUUGACGGUGGAGCUUUGUGGCACGGCAGGACUCACUCCACCCACCACACCUCCAUAUAAGCCCAUGGAGGAGGACCCCUUCAAGCCGGACACCAAGCACAGCCCAGGCCAAGACACAGCUCCCAGCCUCCCCUCCCCUGAGGCUCUUCAGCUCACAGCCACCCCAGGGGCCUCCCACAAGCUGCCCAAGAGACACCCAGAUCGAAGUGAGCUCCUGUCCCACCUGCAGCAUGCCACAGCCCAGCCAGUCUCCCAGGCUGGGCAGAAGCGCCCCUUCUCCUGCUCCUUUGGAGACCAUGACUACUGCCAGGUGCUCAGGCCAGAGGCUGCCCUGCAGAGGAAGGUGCUGCGGUCCUGGGAGCCAGUCGGGGUCCAUCUUGAGGACUGGCCCCAGCAGGGUGCCUCCCUGCCAACUGAAACGAAGGCCCCUAGGAGGGAGGCAGACCAGAGCUGUGACUCUACCCCCAAGGACAGCAUGCAGCUGAGAGACCAUGAGAUCCGUGCCAGCCUCACCAAGCACUUUGGGCUGCUAGAGACCGCUCUGGAGGAUGAAGAUCUGGCUUCAUGUAAAAGCCCAGAGUAUGAUACCGUGUUUGAGGACAGCAGCAGCAGUAGUGGCGAGAGCAGCUUCCUGCUGGAGGAGGAAGAGGAGGAGGGAGGGGAGGAGGAGGAUGAAGGAGAGGACUCAGGGGUCAGCCCUCCCUGCUCUGACCACUGCCCCUACCAGAGCCCACCCAGUAAGGCCAGCCGGCCACUCUGUUCCCGCAGCCGUUCCAGUUCUGGCUCCUCGUCCUGUGGCUCCUGGUCACCAGCCACCCGGAAGAACUUCAGACGUGAGAGCAGAGGGCCCUGUUCAGACGGAACCCCGCGCGCCCGGCAUGCCAGGAAGCGGCGGGAAAAGGCCAUCCAGGGUGAAGGCCGUGUGGUAUACGUCCGAAAUCUCUCCAGUGACAUGAGCUCUCGGGAACUAAAGAAGCGCUUCGAGGUGUUUGGUGAGAUAGUAGAGUGCCAGGUGCUGACAAGAAGUAAGAGAGGCGAGAAGCACGGCUUCAUCACCUUCCGGUGUUCGGAGCACGCUGCCCUGUCCCUGAGGAACGGCGCAACCCUGAGGAAGCGUAAUGAGCCCUCCUUCCACCUGAGCUAUGGAGGGCUCCGGCACUUCCGCUGGCCCAGAUACACUGACUAUGAUCCCACGUCAGAAGAGGCCCUGCCCUCAUCUGGGAAAAGCAAGUAUGAAGCCAUGGAUUUUGACAGCUUACUGAGAGAGGCCCAGCAGAGCCUGCAUUGAUAUCAGCCUUAACCUUCGAGGAAUACCUCAAUACCUCAGACAAGGCCCUUCCAAUAUGUUUACGUUUUCAAGGAAAUAAGUCUAUGAGAAGGAGAGCGAGCCAAUGAGCGAGCGUGAGAGAGAGAGAGAGAGAGAGAGAGAGAGAGAGAGAGAGAGAGAGAGAGAGAGAGACUUGAAUCUGCUGUCGUUCCCUUUGAAAAACAAAUCAAUGUUUACAUUGAACAAAGCUGCUUCUGUCCGUGAGUUUCCAUGGUGUUGACGUUCCACUGCCACGUUAGUGUCCUCGCUUCCAGCGGAUCGUCCUGGGUGCACCUCAGAGUGCUGUCAGUCACCCUCUGCCCCUCCCCUUCCCUCUCCCCCCCCCCCCCCGUCCCCCACCCACCUGACUUCCUUCUGUAGACUCGAGCUAUGUUCCCCAUAACAUCUUCUGUCUGUAGCGUGUGAUGAUGAAAUUGUUACUUGUGAAUAGAAUCAGGAUUAGCAACUCAUUUUUUAAUUGAAAAAAAAAAGUAUAUCCUUAAAACAAAUGUAUUUAUGGCUCAGACAUCCUGUGCCUGGGAUUAUCGUAUUGCUUCCUUGAUUGUUUAACUAUGCACUGUCAUGAGGUGUUUGCUACUGAGCUGCGCUGCUCCCCUGGUCACGUAGUCCUGGAGGUGCUGGGUGGCCACUAGGUCCCCAGGAAUGAUUGGCUUGCAGUCACAAGUAGGAAGAGUGGAGAGAGAUGAUCCAGGUAUCCUCUACCAAGCCCUGGUGUCUUUUAUUUUGAGUGUGUUCCAUUCACGUUGUAAGGAGAAUCCCUUUCCCCUGUCCGACUCACACUUGGAGAGUGCCUGUCUCUAGUGCUCAGAGCCAUGAGUGCCCGGAAGGAAGGGGGAGCAAGCUGCAUUAGACCCAUUCCACAGGGAAAGAGGACAGGGCCCUGUGAGGGUGAAGUGUCUUGCCCAAGGUCCCAUGGCCAGGGAGCAUGCCGAGCAGCAUCCACAUCACGCCUCCUGACUCCAGGCCCCAGCCUGCUGUGGUAGUUAGCAUUAAGAUGCUAAAGUCAGAGGCUGGAAGAGUGGAGUUAGCUGAGUUGAGCAAUAGGCUAGAAGCCUCAUAGCUUAGCUGAGAAUUAGGUCAACAGUGGACUCACCAGCAUUAAGGCAAAUUCCAGCUUCAUUCAGCACAGGCUCAGGUGUCCCUCAGCUCUGAUCCUCAGUGUCCUGUGACUUACCCUGCCUGUGGAUACCCCUCAGGGCUUUGAGACACCUGCCCAUGGUGCACAGGCUUCCCCUAGGAGCAGUCAUUUUGGGCAGGGAGGGCAACUGGUAGUCCCUCCCAUAUUCUGCUGCUGUCCUUGCUGUCCCUCCUCUGUAAAGGUGCAGAGUAGGGGGUGGACAGGUCGGGGGUGGACAAGGCACUCCCAAGGAGCAUUCACGGUGGGCUCCUCUUCAAACCGUUCUUGACUACUGUCAAAGCCAUAUCCAGUGUGACAUUCUCCGGGUUCCCAGGGGCCCUUCAUGAGGGAGAACCAGCCAGGCAGUGUCCACUCUAACACUUCAUAUAGAUCAGUUCCUCCUUGGUCUUGUGACAUUUUCUUUCUUUCAUUUUUUCCUUCCCCCGCAAUGUUCUGCCAAAUAAGAAAGUUUGAGAGUAAAUGACUCAUUAAACUAACCAAGCUAAAUUAAUCUGCUGCUAAUGGCAGGCUUAUUCCUUUGAGAAUUGGUGGUCAAUUGUGUUCUUUUUAAGAUUUUCAAAUACCUCAGUAAAAAAAGUGAGCCCAUGAUCUUAUGCUUGGUGUUAGGAAUACUCUCCACCCACAGAUGAGGCUGGAAGAGACUGACUUUAGCAGAAAUAGGGAAAUAGAGGAUCUGUGUGUCAAAUCCAUUGGCCUCCCUACACCCCAGUUUCCCUUUCUGUGAGAUAGACUGAGGGGCACAGUUCGACAGCGACGUCUUAGCUUCUGCUCAGACAGUGUCUAGUCACAGUCGUGACUCCCACAUCCUUGGUUAAUGCAGUCAUACUUGAUUGAGCAUAACACUAAUUUUUUUUUCUGAGCCCGGUUGUACUAUUAGACUCCUCAACACAGUACUCUGGGCAGGUACUACGAAUUGGUUGGUGUUUAACUUAUUUGGCAUCCUGAUCUAGUGGUAGUCUUUGGAAGACUACCAUUGUAGAGCCAUAUGCUGGCUGGUUUUUAUGCUGACCCAUCCCUGUCAUGACCUGAUCCCUGGAGGGGAAAAAAAUGCCCUUGAAACCAUUACUUGGCAGAAGACUUCCCAAUACUGUAUAGAGAGGGGAAGGGUAGAAUAGCAAACAUGAAUAUAACUGGAGAAGGUGUGGCUUCUAAGCAUAGAUCCAAAAUGGGACUUUUCACAGCACGGACCCAGUCAUUCUGAAUUCCUUCAUAGUUGGUCAUUGCCUAGCACAUGGUAGGCACAUGGAAAAUGGGGAUAGAACAAAACCAAAUUAAAGUUCUUCAGUUGCAUCCACUAAAACUUGGGCUCUAAUCACAGGGGAAAGUGAGUGUUGGUUGAAAUCAGCUGAUGGGAAAGGGACUAGAUUUAAUCUGGAGAGCCAUUUGAAUUCUGACCCCACCAAGAACUUCUUUUGUGGCUUUUUGGGUCCCUUCUUCCUGGGCUCUUCCUACUUGCUCCCGCCAUUACACUGAGCCAGAUGGGUGAUUGCUGGGGUAAAAAAAAAAAAAAACAGAUUCUUAGCAAACAGUAAGUCUCUCUCUCUCCCCAGCCAGGUUCAAAUUGGAGCUGCUCAGUCAGUUCGCUCCAAGACACUGAGAUGUUGGCUCUUGAGCAAAGCAGACUUGAGCCUGGCUUUGAUGCCUGAUAUUCCAGAGGUCCGUGCUGAGAGCUCAUGUCCACCAAGGGUUUCUAGUAUUCUCCACUUACCCUCUCAUAAAAAAAAAAAAAAAAAAAAAAAAAAAAAAAAACAACAACAGGGUACCAGCUCGGCAGAUGACCAGUCCUGUAGAUUAUCUCUCUCUCUCUGGAAGAUUCACUCGGUGCUGCAUACCAUUUACCAAGGAGACUGUCAGGCCCCUCCGAGACCACGAGUCCAUCUUGGUCUCUUUCCCAUCGAAUCAAGGAGGAACCCAGAGGGAGCAGCUGCUAUUGGCAACCAUCUCAUCGUAGCUGUCCUGAUGUGUCUCAAUGAUGUUUACCUGUGAUUGCCAUACAGCUUCCUGUAGACUGUGUUGGCCGCCGCCCAGGCAGGGCAGGUUCCGCGUCGUCUCUGUGCUGGGCUGGUAUCUUUUCUAGAAAUGUCCAAUCCAACCACUAAGUGGAAUUCUUCCAUCUCCUUCCUCAGUCACUACAAGACUGAAUCAGAGUCCUCUCUCUCAGGGGGGCGGGGACUCUGGUUACUGAAGGUAAAUGCAUCAAAUCGGUAAAGAAUAUGAGUGGAUGGAAUGCAGCUAAGGUCCCUACUCCCCAUCCCCCCCCCCAAACAUUGUGGCUCCCACUAGAAAAGUGCUUUGAGUCAGGAAGUGCCCAUCCUAUGCCUGUGUCUAUAUCUCUUGAUGUGGUAUCCUCUGGUGGACAGCAAGACUCCAGGGGUGGGAGGUGUGCUCCGAGCCAGCCACGAAGACUUGGCCCUCAAGUCCUAAUGUGGGAAGACGUAUAGUAAGAAGUCUUUUGUGACCUCAAGCCUUACAGGUCAAUCAGUGUUGGGGGGAAGAUGUGAUAGGCCUGCCAUGGCCACUGUGCAGGUAGUAAAUGGGGAAAAAGUGCAGGCACCUCAGUCCUGGAGUUCAGUUCACCUCUCAGCUGACCCUGCUGCCGCAGAAGCAGGGCACCUCUCUCUGAACCCAACUCACCCUUGGAGGGUGUGUGAUGUCGUUCACUGAGGUCAAAAGUAUUUUCCUAAACCUUUGACCUUCAGCGGUCGAGAUCAGCUUGAGAAAGCCAUAUCCCAGUGUCACGCGUAGCAGUGGAAAGGGAUUGGGUGUGUAAUAGUAAAUAGAGUGAACCUGUUGGUUUCAUUAGCCAAAGAAAAGGGAUGCCUUCACCCUUCCCACUGGGGCAGAAGGAAGCUAACUGGUACUUAUGUGCAAUAUGUUGACGCUACUCUCCAAGUCCCUGAGGGUUUUGCACACAGAUGGGCUCCAGGGCUGCUGUUUGAAGAGUCAGGGGAUACAGGGUAAGUGCCGGGAGAGCCUGGGAUUAAAAACUUUGAUGUACAGAGAUGGCCUUGGCCUAGAACAGAUGGGAGCGUGGGCGGGGCGCCCCUGAUACUAGCUGCGGAACACCGGAACAAACCGGAAGUAGCUAGUCAGACACUUUGCACUAGUUGAUGAAAGCACUUUGAGAAACCUGUACACUUCAGCCUUGCUCCACGUUCUCCUCUGGCCAAUACGUGUACCCUUUAUCUAUGUGAGGUGCUGUCGUAAAGGCGGGGUGAGGGGGUAGGGAAGGGGGCUAGUGUGAGAAAGGAUACGGGCAUCUUCCAAGGCAGCAGCCACAAGAGCCUGCAGCUAGCCAGCCAGUCCUUGGCUGUCCUCUCCACUAGAAGCCCACGAAAACAGAAUGAUACGGGUUUACAUCUUGGUACCCACUUUCGUAAAGACUAAAAAAAACAGCCUAGCCAAUUGUAAUGCUUCGUGGAGCGUCCUUUCCCUCUAAGUUUCUUACUUGCUCUCUGACCUUAGGCCCCUGUUCCCUGAGCUAGCAAACGAGGCUGCCCCAUGUUCACAGCAUUCUCAUCCUGGGGCCGGCCGGGGGAGCCCGGAGCCCCACUCUUUGGCUAGCUCAGGGUGUGUGUUUUGGGGGGAGGAGGGGCACUUCCGGCAAGGUUGUCAGCAGGAGGAGAUCCACAUAGCCCUGGCCGAGGUGCCUUACAGGAAGAGGCUCGCUUGCCAGGACAGACUCAAGCCAUAGUUUCUCGUGGGGAUGGUAAGGAAUUAACCCCUCGUUGGGCUGCCUGACAACUUCCAGUCUUGCGUUAAUUAGCCUUGUCGUUGUCCCCACCGAGCAGCUUUGAAUCUGAAUGUUGUGACCACUUGGCCGUCUCUUGCUUGCUUGCAGACAAUAUUAGCAAUACACUUGUUUUCCCCAAACAGCUCGACUUAGACAGUUUUCGCACAUUGCUUUCAGAUGAUUGUAAAAACACAUGGGGCAGCAGGAGGCAUUGGAUCACACUGCAUAUGUUUAGGGCAGCUUUUGUUUUUUUUUGAAUCUUUAAUGGUAUAGCAGCAGUGACCAAGCCUUUGGGGAUUUGGGGAGACAGAUUUUUCACAAAGCCAUUUCAUCAGAAUGCCUUGUACUUCGGAAGGAGUACGGACAUCCAAAUACCCAAAUUGAGGGGCUUGCAGCAUAUGGUUUUGUAGAUGGUUGUCUCUACUGUACAGCAGCUCCUCCAAAAGGUGUUCAUGUGGCUCCAACCCCUCCGUGCCAUAUUAUUUUUUUGUCAAAGGAUUCUCCAAGGAAGCCUUAGCAAGCCUCCUUGCUCCCUCUUGCUGGCCUUGGGUAGUAUCCUUGUGGAGGGGAUUAGCCAGCACUUUGCCUUAUCAAUGUGUGGUCACCAGUCUAGUGCUCAAAGGCUAGUGUCCACUGGCCACCAUGAUGGAAGGCAAAAUUAAGUUCCUUUGGUCAGUCACCAUGCCGGCCAACAUUAGCUUGGCAGUGAAAUAACAAUGACAUAAGAGAGUUAUCUUAUGUGUUCAGUACCAACUCGGAACAUUAGCAACUACCUAGAUGCCUCUGCGGUCCGGGAAGUCACUAGUUAAUUCUGUGGUAGAGGAGAUGGGGUUGAACCCUGUAUCCAGGUGUCCAGAGAGGUUUACUGUAACUGCAAUACUGGCAGGCAAGCUGCCAACCUUGUUAAGUGAACCUCUGCUAGGUGGCUUACAUGGGACCUUUGGGACAAGUAAAGAAGUUGGGUAUGAGGAUUGGGGGAGAAGGGGCCCUGGCCAUGACCUUUGAUAUGGUCCACUGAAUAGCCAAACAGGUUUUUUGUUGUUCUUGUUUUUGUUUUAAUUUUUUGUGUUUUGUAUUUUGUAUUUUAAAAUCUUGUCAGAUUUUUUAUGUUAGGAAUAAUAAGUCAUAAACUAUUCCCACCUUGGUUUCUGAAGGGGUGUUCUGAUUCCAGUUGAAACAGGUUGGAAAUCUCAAGGGACGCAUGGUCUGGGAGUACAUGGGACAGGGCAGUGGAGCACCUGGGUUUCCAGGUAGCUGCUGGGGACGAUGACCAUCCGGGAGGCCACAGUGCACUCGAUUCCAGAGAUUCACACCCGCCUCCUUGUCUCCUGAGUCCUGUUAGCACUGGCCUGGGCACAUGCUUCCAUCAGAAGCAGCAAGACUCCCCAGCUCCCAAGCCCUAGGUUUCAAGAGAUGAUGUCGGUAGCUAGCCUUAAUUGACUGGGCAAGGUGGUUCCUGUGCUCCCUCCCAGCAGUUCCAAAUCUUGGACUCAAAACCCUUUCUCUUAGUGUGACCAUGCAGUCUAGAGAAUUUUGAGCAAUAGGAAGCCAGGGCUUUCCCUAGCUCUGUGACAGGGUCAAACCAGGGAAUGGCUAAGCUUGAGAGGUUUUGUCAUACCCGGGGUACUAUGGUAGGGGGCAUUACGUAUUAGGGAGCUCAACAAGGUAACUGUAGCCUGGGGUAUGUGAAUGUAAGGUUGUGUUUGUGGGUGUGCGUGCGUGCGUGCGUGCAUGCGUGUGUGUGUGUGUGUGUGUGUGUGUGUGUGUGUGUGUGUGUGUGUUACAUUGAUGCAUUUCUUGAGAAAGGUGCAAGAAUUUCACCUAUACAGAGGGACACAUCUGCUUUAUUAUUUAUAAUAGAAGCUAAAUUUUAAUUUUUUAAAGGACACGCUAAUGAUUGAAAAUCGAGUUUUUAGUUUUGCUAUUUUUUUUAAUUGGUAGAAGAUUUUUAUAUAUUUUUUUCCCAUUUCGUUGGGUUGUGUCCUUAUUUAUAUAAAUACUUUAUCCGUGAGCGGUGAGGAAGAAGACUUCUUUGCUCUUAAUUAUUGUGGUUGUCAUUGUCCCUAUUUUAUUUCCGGUGUGAUUUUUCUGUCUUACCUUCUAAAUGAGGAACUGUUUUCCUGUAUUUGUACAUUGUCAGAUUCUAUAGUUUCGUAGAUAAUUUAACCAAAUUGCUCUAUGUAUUAUUAUUCUGUGGGUAUAAAGUUCUAUUUUAACGUCUGUAAAUACUUCAGAACUGGUUUCUUUUCUCAGCUCCUUCUGGGAGCUAUUGUUUACAUCACAAAAAACUGUAGAAUCUAUGCUCAUGUACUGUAAAUAGUGAAGUGAUCUGCUUAUAAAUUACCCGAACAAAUACACUAUGGAAAUUAAAAAAUACCACCCACA